UCACCGGAGAAGAAGGAAAACUCACCGGAGAUGUCGGGCCGCGGCAAGGGAGGCAAGGGCCUGGGCAAGGGCGGCGCCAAGCGCCACCGGAAGGUGCUCCGGGACAACAUCCAGGGCAUCACCAAGCCGGCCAUCCGCCGCCUGGCGCGCCGCGGCGGCGUCAAGCGCAUCUCGGGCCUCAUCUACGAGGAGACCCGCGGCGUGCUCAAGAUCUUCCUCGAGAACGUCAUCCGCGACGCCGUCACCUACACCGAGCACGCCAGGCGCAAGACCGUCACCGCCAUGGACGUCGUCUACGCGCUCAAGCGGCAGGGACGCACCCUCUACGGAUUCGGCGGUUAGGAAGGGCCGAUUUAGAAAGCUAGCUAGCCUCUGUUUAGGGUUCAUGGUCUGUUGU